AUGGGUCGCCCUUCGACACCCCUCUCGGCGCAUCUGCCGCCUCUGAUCAUGGGCACGGCGACAUUCAACUCCCAAUAUAACCACGACCCGUACGCACUCCCGACCACCGAGCUGGUCCAUCGCGCUCUCACUGACGGCGUGCGCGCCUUCGACACGUCGCCAUACUACGGCCCGGCUGAGGAGCUCCUCGGUCGGGCGCUGGCCAGCGAGGCCGUCCGCGCCGCAUUCCCGCGCCACAGCUACCAGAUCCUCACCAAGGUGGGCCGGAUCGCCUCCUCGUCGUUCGACUACUCGCCGCGGUGGAUCCGCCACAGCAUCCGCCGGAGUCUGCGGCGGCUGCACACCGACUACCUCGACGCGGUGUACUGCCACGACGUCGAGUUCGUGUCGCGCGCCGAGGCGCUGGAGGCGGUGCGCGAGCUGCGCCGCAUCCGCGACACCGAGGGCACCAUCCGCUACGUCGGCAUCUCGGGCUACCCGGUCGACGUGCUGUGCGAGAUCGCCGAGCUGGUGCUGCGCGAAACCGGCGAACCCCUGGAUCUCGUGCAGUCGUACGCCAACUUCACACUGCAGAACACCCGGCUCCGCAGUCAGGGCUUGCCGAGAUUGGUGGCCGCCGGCGUGGACGUGGUGCCCAAUGCGUCGCCGCUGGGCAUGGGUCUGUUGCGGAGGGACGGCGUCCCCAUCGGGAGCAUGGGGGAUUUCCACCCCGCCCCGGAUGGCCUGCGGAAUGCCGUCAUGGCAGCGGGCGCAUGGGCGAACACCCAGGAGGCGGAGAAGCUGGAAGUCAUCGCGAUUAGGUUCGCGUUGGAGGCCUGGUUGCGCGACGGGGCUCGGGUUGGCGCGAUGGGGCCGCCUCUUGCGCGGGCCCCUACCGCUGAUUCUGGUUUUGUCUCUGUGGCUUCCAAUGGGACUGGAGAGCGGCUGGGCGUCAGCGUGAUGGGCGUCAGCAAUGUGAGUGAGUUGGAGGAGACGCUUAGCGUGUGGCGAAGUAUUCUUGAUGGACUGGAGAAUGGACAAGAUAAGCAGCAGCAGCAGCAGCAGCAGACCCCGUCGGACUGGUCCCAGGAUCGUCGGCACCGCAUCGCAUCUCUGGCGCAGCAAAUCCAAGCUAUCCUCGGCCCGGACUGGGUGGACUUCACGUGGGCCAGCCCAGGACCUGACUUCGUCAAUACUCUACCUGCUGAUCACCUGGCAUCUCUUGAGAAAGCUGAAGAUGCUGCUGCGGAGGCUAGUUAGUCGGGGCGAUGGAAACCAUUCUGCGACGCCGCUUGUCGAGACAGCAAUUUGGUCUUCCCAUCAGAUUCACGAUAGUGGUUCUAAUGGAAUCUAAUUGGUCUGCCC